GUGCUCAUCCUCCUAUACAUCCGGUUCAGUUGGCCGGCCCUGGAUCCCAGAUACCCUUACAAGGAGAACAGUGGAGAGUGUAUGAGCUCAUCACGAGGCACUUCCUGGCAUGUGUGGCACCCGAUGCUAUAGGCGCGGAGUCUAAAAUAGAGGUAACCGUCGGAGAUGAAAUGUUCCACGCCACUGGUCUUACUGUAGUGGAAGAAAAUUGGCUGGAGGUAG